AUGUGCGAAUCCAGGGUGUCCUCCGUCAUCCAGGAAUGGAUGAAUCCAUACCCGAAUCAGACCCACGUGACUCUGAACCCGACCACUUCGAGUCCUGCCGUCUCAAACAACUUGGCUUCAAUGGACAUGUUGUCAUACAGCCAGUCUCAGGGUUUGAGGGGGAGCAGCGAGGACAGAAUAGACGAGCAGAUGAUGGGCCUGUCGUACCUGCCGUACACAUCUUCUUGUCUCAAUAGCACCACAAAUUCCGGGAACCACCAUCAGAACCCCGGAGGACAUAUGCAGGAGUUCUCACCUCCUUUUAUCUUGCCGACCAUGCGCGGACCGGUGGCGAAGCGGAGCAUCAGCAAGGACAGCGCAGAAUACCGGCUGAGACGAGAAAGGAACAACAUCGCGGUACGAAAGAGUCGCGACAAGGCCCGCAGAAGGAUCCUGAUGACUCAGCAGAGGGCCCUGCAGCUGCAGGAGGAGAACCAGAAGCUGCAGAUGAAGAUCGGGCAGCUCUCACAGGAGCUGGACACUCUCAGACAUAUCCUGUCUCAGCAGCACCUGCCGGGAAGUGAAGAGGGGACCGCAGCGGUUGCUGCUAUCUGA